UCCGUUCGCCGACGCCGGAAGUGAAAAGCCUGCGACAAAAAAAAAGCUAGCGUCUGAGUAAAGAGCUAGUCAUGAGUAAACAAGUUUAACUGCGUGUGAAAACGUGUGGAGGAGCAAAAUGGCUCAGGAGAAGAAAGCCGGGCUGUUAAAAAGGACGUCGUCGUCUAAAAAGCCGCUGAAGGAGAAGGUGGUGUUGAUGUACGAUGAAAUAUUCACUAAAGUCGAUCCUGCUAAGGCGAACCCUCGUUUCUGGGACGAGCUGUUUUUAAUGAAGGUGAACCUGGAAUAUCUGGAAAACAAGCUGGAGGCUUUGGAUGGAGACGAAGUGAUGAUGAUUAAGGAGAACAUUAACAGCUUGUUCCAUCACUGUGUACAGGCUUUGGAAGAAGAUCACCAGAUUAAAGUAGUAAACGCUCUGCAGACCCUUUGUGCGCUCUUCAGAGGUGUUCAUCACAAAAACAAAUCGUCUACCGGCUUCGAUAUAAUUAACAUGCUGGUGGGAUUCGACAAAGCUGAGAUCAGGAUGAAGGAUCUCAUGGAAAGCCUCGACGGUUUGCUCUGUGGAGACUGCUCCGAGAGCCUGAAGAGCCUGUGCCUGAAGCUGUUGCUCUGUCUGGUUACAGUGACAGACAACAUCAGUCAGAAUACCAUCCUGGAAUACGUCAUGAUCAACAGCAUAUUCGAGGCCAUUCUACAGAUCUUGUCUGACGUGUCGAGCCGCACACAGCACGGCUACGACACCGUGGUUCUCUUGGCUCUCUUGGUGAACUACAGGAAGUAUGAAUCUGUGAAUCCAUACAUUGUGAAGUUAUCCAUAGUGGAUGACGAACCAACUCUGGCUGGGAUGGGAAUGGUUAUCCAGCAGGCUCUUACAGAAUACAACAGGCAGUACAAAGAUAAAGAGGAGGACAACCACGGGGGAUUUUUUUCCACACUAACCAGCAUGGUAGGCAGUAUGUUUAUCGCUGACGCCGACGAGAAGCUGUCGGUGCAGACUAACGAAGCCAUUCUGCUCGCGCUCUAUGAAGCAGUUCACCUGAACAGGAAUUUCAUUACUGUUCUCGCACAAAGUCAUCCGGAGAUUGACAUUGCGACAACGCCGAUCACGCCCACCCCGACUACUCCUACAACCCCACUUGGGACCACCCCUCCUUCUUUGGAUGUGAUGCACAACCCUGAGCUGCCACUGGACCCCAACCUUCAAACGAGCAACCUGCUGAUCACGUUUCUCAAAUAUUCCUCCAUCGUCAUUCAAGACACCAAAGACGAACACAGACUCAACAGCGCCCGACUGUGCCUCAUCAUCCUCACGUGUAUCGCCGAGGACCAGUACGCUGGCGCCUUCCUCCACGACGAUAACAUGAACUUUCGAGUAAACUUGCACCGAAUGCCAAUGAGGCACAGAAAGAAAGCGGCGGACAAGAACAUCCCGUCUCGACCUCUCGCCUGCGCCGUCUUGGACCUGAUGGUUGAGUUCAUCGUCACUCACAUGAUGAAGGACUUUCCUAUGGAUCUCUACAUGCGGUGUGUUCAGAUCAUUCACAAGCUCAUCUGCUAUCAGAAGAAGUGUAGGAUUCGGCUGCACUACACUUGGAGGGAACUUUGGACAGCUCUCAUUAACUUGCUGAAGUUCCUGCUGUCGAACGAAACCACUUUGUUGUCCAAACACAACAUCUUCCAAUUGGCUUUACAAGUUGUCCAUCUCUUCAACAUGUUUAUUACGUAUGGAGACACAUUCCUGCCAACUGCCAGCAGUUAUGAUGAGCUGUAUUACGAGAUCAUACGCAUGCACCAGGUAUUUGAUAACCUGUAUUGCAUGGUGCUCAGAGUCUCCACCAACGUCGGCCAGUGGAAGGAACCGGCGAGCAAAGUCACGCACGCGCUGGUUAACGUCCGAGCCAUCAUCAACCAUUUCAACCCGAAGAUCGAGUCCUACGCCGCCGUUAACCACAUAUCACAACUGUCAGAAGAUCAGGUGCUGGAAGUGGUACGCUCCAACUACGACACUCUGACUCUGAAGCUGCAGGAUGGUUUGGACCAAUUCGAGCGCUAUUCGGAGCAGCCCAAAGAAACAGCAUUCUUCAAGGAGUUGGUACGCUCCAUCAGUCUGAACGUGAGGAAGAACGUUUCUCUCAACACCCUGAGUCAGGAUGUUCUAUUGAAGGAGUUCUCAUCGAUAUCUUGAGAGCUUGACACAACCACACGUAACCUGUAUCCAUAAGGGGGGAACAAGCAAGUCAUCUUUAUCUACUAAAUUUCAAGCCUGUCCCCAUCUCCACUGGCAAGUUUUGCUGGAAAUCACACCUUGGGAUUUUACACAGGGCUGAAAGUGUUUAAAUUAGUUUAACACACAUUUUCUUUUUCAGUAUAGGUUUAUUUUUUGUUUUUAUGGAACGUUUUUUUUCCAACAACGUAUUUGUUUCUAAUUAAAUCAGUAUAACAUGAGACACAUAUGCCUUGAUCCUGCUGUGAGGUUUUGUUUUCUCUCAGAACGUUAAUUGAACAGAUGAAUCAUCUCGAAUAAGCAUCCAGAUCGCAUUAGCAUUAUGAGUUGAGCUAAUAAAUCUUGCUAAUAAUCUUAAAGGUUCUUCAGUUCAGGUCUUCAGUGUUGUCUACAAAUUAUUUUUAAAAGAUGUGACAUUUGAUUGCUACAGAAUCCAAGCAAUGUUUGACAUAUUCACAUAUAACACCCUUCAGCCACACCCACUACCCAUCUAGGCUUACUGUCCUGACUUGGUUCCUUCUCUGGAAAUGAUGCAAAGUCAUGGAUACCAACCUGGUCACCACCCAGGAGUCACAAUAGUUCUUGCCUGUAUAACCAGAGGAGAACCCGGAUCUGCACUUGCUUCUUGACUAAUCCAUGUAAACAUAAGCAGUUAAGAUGACGAGAUCAGAUCUUUAUCACUCAGUACUCUGAAUCCUCACCAAAUAGUAAAUGCUAAUGGACUUGAUAUCAUCCAAAUCAUCGUUUACCAGUAAAAACACUUAAGAGCAGCCAAAAGUAAAGUAGACUUGAGACUUUUUCCUUUAUCCAGACAUGGCUAAAAUAACCCGUAACCGUAACGACAAAAACGUCAAUCAUCAAUCAUGUAACUACUGAUUUUUUUGGACUGGACUGUUCUUACUGGAGUCAUGAUUUAACACCCCAUCCUGGAUUCCUGAAUGUGUCUGCAGAUCUUCAGCAUAUUUUUUGGUUUGGUUUUGGUUUUAUAAAACAUUAUUUGAUUUUCUGUUGGUGUUGGUUCUUUUUUUUGUUCCAUGACUGUGUUUUGUUACAAAUCAAGUUUAGGGCCUCAUGCAGAACUGCUUGAUUUAAAAAAAAAAAAAAUCUGGAUAUUAAACACGUUAACUGACUUAAUGUACAUAGUCUGUUCGUGAACUACUCAAUUUUGACAAUAAAUUGGAAUCAUUUUGGAUAAAUAAAAAAAAAAUCAGUUCACAUUGUCAGGGUUUCCCAUGAAUAAGGUUUGAAAUCAAAGGAGCAUCAAAAUUUUUAUCUAAAGGUCAAACCUCAUUAAAGAAAUGCUUAAACUUUAAGCAAGCAUUCAUUCAAAAUGUGAAUGAUGAGCUAAGUUAAGGAGCUGUGGCACAUUUUUUAAUAAAACCUACUACUCACAAUGUUCACAUGCACACUGUAUUCUGUUCAUAACUGGAGUUGUUUUUAUUUGUAUUAGAAAAGAAAUAAAAACUGUCAAUGAAUGGUU